AUGGGGGUGAGUAUGAAGGGCCUCCAGAGCCCAGCUACUAAAGAUCCAGGCGAUACUUCUGAGAAACGCAGCAACAUCAUCGUAGCUCGUUUCAUCGCCCCAGGUUCUGUAUCAGCUUUUAGCCUGGCGACCAACAGAGGAAAUCUGUUUCCUGGUGCUGUGCCUUCCGUACCAAGUACCAUGGGCGGAGCACACCUGCACACCCCCCAGUCUGUAUUCCAACACCAGAACAAUAGCAGUUUGCAUAAUGAGGCUCAAUGGCUGGGAAUGCCGCAAGUACCUCCAAUGUCAAUGCCUUGGGUUAUUUCGUCUUCUCAACAACCAGAUUUAGUAUACUUCACUGGCCGUCAAAAACCAUGUGCAAUAGGUGAUCGGUCUUUUAAAAGAAAACUAGAGGCACCAGAUCUUGUUGAAAUGAGACCUACUAAGCAAUUGAUUACCGAAGAAAAUAUGGCCCAACACUUACAAGAAUUGCAUAUAAGUAGCAGUGUCGAUACAAACAAAGUUGAACCAACAACAAUUCAAAAUGUACUCAAACAGUCGAAUUUUUUAGAUGUAGACUUGAAAAACUCCUUGGAUUCAAAUAAUAGCCAUAGUGAACCUAGACUAGUAAUAUCUGAUGAGGUCAAAAGACUGCAAAACGAACCUAUUCUACCAUCAAGUUUACUAACACAAUCUAUAUCAAAAUUGGAGCGGCCCUCCAUGGCUUUAGUUCUUUGGACCCCAAGCAAGCAUUUAGGCUUUUUUCCAAGUAAUACACCAUCACCGAUUCCGUCCGACGAUAACAACAACAGUAAUAAUAACGGCAUGAAUUCUUCCAAUGUCAACAAUAAUACCAUUAGCAGCAGUAACAACAACAGUAACGAAAGCAUUUUCGACUUUGAUCGAACAAUAGAAGUCAAUGCUGGUAAUCCAACGUUGGAGCCCAUGGAUUUUUAAUUUAUAUGAACGCUCAUUUUUCAUCUUUUUCGUUUUUCAUAAUGAACAUGAGCAAAAAAAAAAAAAAACUACCUAACUGCCUUUUGAAAAAUUAUUUGUGAUAAUUUGAAAAGGUCAUAAGUGGAUUGAUUAAUUUCAAGAAAAAUUUCUCUAACAUUGUAUAUAAUAUAGAUAACUAGAUAGUAUAUUUGAAUGAUUGUCGAUUAAGAAUAAACGAAACGCGUGGUUUUAAUAAGGGCUUAUAAAUCAUGAUAAUCUCCAUGAAUAAUGACUUUUCUAAGCUACAGAUAUAAUUUUUGUACAUACAAUGUAUUGUCCUUAUUAUCACGAGAUAUAAAAAGUGUAUGCAUGAAGUAUUGUAUUAAAAUUUUUUAUGGAACCUA